UAUCAGCUAGAAUGCAUCCGGAUGGAUAUGAAGGUUCAAAAGCAGAUCAUAUGAUUGAUACGAUUCAUUUAUCUCGUGCAUAUUGUCAUUAUACAAUUUUAAUUAAUUCACAUGAGGGGUUACAAUUAUUAAAAAAAGAACAACCAGCAAUAUAUCCAAUUAUUCGCACAUUAAUAGAUCUUUAUUUUAUUAACACAGUUCUAAAUCAAUCAGGAGAUUUCCUGGUCGAUGGAUAUUAUACACCAUAUCACAUAUCACUUUUAAAACAAGGACAAAAAAAACUAUUGAAUAUUAUUAGACCUGAAGCUAUAGGUUUAGUUGAUGCUUGGGAAUUUAGUGAUAAUGAUUUAAAUAGUGCAUUAGGAAGAGAAGAUGGGAAUGUUUAUAAAGCUUUGUAUGAAUGGGUUAAAAUGGAACCAAUGAAUAUUUUGGGAAAACAAGGAAACGUUGUUGGUUAUGAAGAAGGACUAAAAGAUAUUUACAGUAGAAAGUAUUUAAAAGAUAUUAAAACAGAUAAUGUGAAAUCUAAGCUAUAA